GACAGUGUUCGAGAAAGACUUAUUUUGCCGUGGUGCCCUCUGAUUGGCGGGACGUGGGCGACAUCAGGUCCAUUUCCAUACAGCCUAAUUUCAUCAUACUACAUGAUGAUUUCAUAUCCCUUAUAUAACCACAGAAAUAUUUUACGUAGAGUACAUAGGCCUAUCAGUCAUGAGAUAAUGGGCCGAAACAUAUGCAGCAUCUUAUCAAUGCCUCUCAUAAUUAUGGUAAUGGUUAUGCAUAAAAAUAUGGCGGAAGGAAGCAAGAAGACCAAGAAAAAGAGGCCACAGGAGGAGCCAUCGGCAGCCACAGAUGAUGCCGCAGAUAAUGCCACAGACAAUGAGGUAGCGGUUUCAACAGCAUCAACAACAUCCUCGGAUAUAAGAACAAUACUAGAUGUCCAGAUGUCCGAGGAGGCCAACAAAGAAGUGCGUGAUCGGUACAGGCACCUGCUACAAACCGUGCAGGAGCAAGCUGACAAGGCAGGCCAAGCUGGAGUCGAUAUCGCCAAUAUCCACACCAUGGUCAAUGAGGCCAACCAGGCAUUCCCCGCAGUAAAACGGCCAAGAGAAGCUGCCCUGGACGCUCAGUUCCUAAAAACGUGUGGUGUCCUAGCCAAGCUAAACAUCGAGUCAUCACAGUCGAAUCUUACUGUGUUUCGGCCCUCAGAAUUCGCACAGAAGUUGGUAUACUUUAUGCAACGAGACAGUGAAAUCAAGAGAGCGGAAAAUGAGGUAGAUUAUGCUUCUUGGAGAAGAUUUGGCAGAGCAGUGUCCUCCCUCUUCAAGAAAACGAUAGGGAUUGAGCCCAUGUUGGGGGCCUUAGAGUGGGAGAAGCCCAAGGUUGUGCGCAAAGCUAGAGUUACGGAGAAAGACAAGGAGACCCAGAAGAAAACUCCCACCGAGGUGGCAAAUGCAGUUAGUGGCGAAGAGCGGCAGACAGAAGAGGUGCUGCGACUGUACAAGAUCCUCAACCGUCGGUACCGUGAGUCCGGCAACCAUCCAGUGUGCUUCUUCUCCUUUGUCGUAAACCCUGACAGCUAUCCACUGACAGCCGAGAACCUCUUCCACACAAGCUUCCUCGUACGGGAACAACUCGCAGUAGUGGAGGAAGGAGAGCAUGGCAUUCCAGUGAUCUCGCCGCGAGAACAGGGCCAAGCAACAGUGGGCGGUAUCAGCUCCCAGUGCAUCGUGUCCAUCUCAGAAAAGGAAUGGCGGGACAUCGUCAAGACUUUCCGCAUCACGCAAUCCAUGAUUCCUACUCCGGCUAGUAGGGCGAAGAAGAGAAAGUCGUAAUCUCUUUCACUCCUUCUCUCUCCUUUUUCUUUUUCUUUUUUUUUAGUACUGAUUGAUAUCUUUCUUCUUUUUAUUGUACUUGUUAUAUAUGUGACCUUUUUCUUAUAUUUUCUAGUUUCUUAUUAUUUUUCAUGCCCUCAAGAUCAAGGUUGCCUUUUCCAUUUUCUUUAUUCUUUUCUUUUCCUUAAGAUUUAAUAAAAGAAAGUGAAAAGGCAUUACUGCAGGUUUAGUUAUGAUUAUAUAAGAAAAAUGUGAAUAGACAAUGUUUGCUGUCGUAUAUAUUUUUAUAAUCAACAUUAAUCGUUCAUCACCUGAUUGAGAUAACAUUUCCCCCUGACUUUUGUUACUAUUUAUAAAUUACAUUCCAAUUGUCAUAAUAAAACAAGAUUCUAAUAAUAUAUGUAACUUACAUAUGUGUUAAAUUACAUUGAAAAUUAUUAUACAUAUUUUUGUACUCCUAGUACAAAAUUUGUAUUAUCAUUUUCAUAUUUUUAUACAUGUCAUAUCUAUGCAUAGUGUUGAGCUGUAUAGGCAAGUUAACAAACAAAUAUAUAGCGCAAUACUUACACUGUCAUAAAUUAACUAUUUUGUUAUUCCCAAUCCAUGCAGUACUCUUUAUGCGGUACUUACAUUCAUUUUAUCAUUUUUAUACCCAUGGCUGUGAAAGCCCUUGGAAAACCAGCAACAUUUUCCACAUGCAAAUUGAUUGAUUAAUUAAAGAUGUCUACUCAUUGUCAUAUAAAAGAAACUAUAUGUAUUAACCUAAAAGAAUAUUCCUUUGCUAAUGAAAAAAUAUAUAUAUACAAUCAUGAAUUUGGGUUAAUGUAACGCUACACAUAUUAAAUACUGCUAUUUCCAUGGCCUAGGAGUC